ACGCUGGGGGCGGAGCAUAGGAAGCGUGCCCAAACAGUCAUGGAGCGUGCAAAGGAGUUAGCUUCGUUUGCAGACAACAACAAUCACAACAUCCGCUGACAACGUGAACGUGUCAGUCGCCUAAAGACAGCUUUGCACAUCAAGAGGAGAGACUCGUGGUCUCUCCCGCUGUGCGCGCCCGGGGAGCGAGAUGGAUGCCGCGGCGGCGCCCUUCACGGGAGAGGCGAGCGAGCCCAAAGUAGUGCGCAUUACUGGCUCCGAGCUGGUGGAUAACUACACGGUCUACAUCAUUAACGUGUACGUUGGAAUCCAUCAGUGGAUGGUCAAACAUCGAUAUAGUGACUUUCAUGACCUGCAUGAAAAGCUGACCACAGAAAAGAAGAUCAACAAGAACUUAUUGCCUCCAAAGAAGAUAAUUGGGAAGAACUCCAAAAGUCUAGUAGAGAAGCGUCAAAAAGAACUGGAGGUCUACUUACAGACUCUACUUAAAACAUUUCCUUUUGCGUCCCCUAAAGUAUUAUCCUGUUUUCUUAAUUUUAACUUGUAUGAGAUCAAUGGUAUCACCGCUACACUGGCUGAGGAACUGUUUCAUAAAGGAGAGCAGCUUUUGGUAUUAGGAGAGGUUUUUGAGAUCAGGCCCCUGCAGCUUUAUGCCAUCACUCAGCAACUGCGGCAAGCAAAACCAACUAACAUUGACAAUGACGCAAAGACUGACCUGGGCCACAUCCUAGAUUUCACCUGCCGACUUAGAUAUUUAAAGAUAACCGGAACCAGGGGACGCGUUGGUAGUAGCACCAUCGAGGAACAGCUACUUCCCUUUGAUUUGUCCAUAUUUAAAUCACUGCUUCAAGUUGAGAUCAACAACUGUGAUGCAGCACGAAUCAAAGGUCUUCCUUCUCUGAAACCAACACUUUCAACAAUGAGCAUUCAUUUUUCAGUAGUAUCAAUGAAGGACAUCCUGGUGCCUGAAGCUGCUGAGUUUGAGCAGUGGGAAGUAGAGGGCUUGGCCACAGAGCUUCCAGUAGCAGCUGUCAUCCCAGCCUGGAAGAUGCUAACCACUCUGGAUAUGAGUCAUAACCAGAUCUCCAGCAUUGAUGAGUCUGUGAAAGUAAUCCCAAAAGCUGAGUUCCUUGACUUGAGUCACAAUGAAAUUUCAUUGUUAGAAAAUUUACAGUUUCUGUACAAUCUCAUUCAUGUGGACCUGUCAUACAACAAGCUGACAUCAUUAGAAGGUGCUCAUGCCAAACUUGGAAACAUCAAAACCCUAAAUUUGGCUGGGAAUUUGCUGGAAAGUUUAUCUGGCCUGAGCAAGUUGUACUCUCUUGUCAACCUGGACUUGAGCAACAACAGAGUAGCACAGAUAGAAGAAAUCAAGCAUGUAGGAGGAUUGCCGUGUUUGGAAAAGAUUAUUCUGUCCAACAAUCCAUUGAGCAUUAUUCCUGAUUAUAGAACCAAGGUGCUGGUGCAGUUUGGAGACAGGGCCUCUGAGGUGUGCUUAGAUAAUACAGUUACAACAGAAAAAGAAAUGGACACUGUGGCAGUGCUGAAAGCAAUUCAGAAAUCAAAGGAAACCAAGAACUGGAUAAAUAAUUCAGAUAGAAAAAUCAUUGAGGACUGCAGGCUUACUGCUGCUGCUGGUUCCAACUCCAACUGCUCUUACCUUCCUGUUCCGCCUUCCUCUCCUCCUUUGUCCCAUCCUGCCAGCUCAAGCCAAGAAAUAAUUUGUACAGAAGAAGCCCUAGUCAGCAUUUCAGCUCCUAGCGACAUUUUGACUCCCAAGGACCCUACAGUUACCCAGACAUGCAUGCACACCUCUGUUCCUGGUCAUAAAGGUGAAGAGCAUGCGGAUCUCCAGACAAGUAAAGUCCCUGCUGAAUCUAUAGAAGAAAAUGGACCUAGUCAUGUGAGUUUUUGCCGUGGGGAAAGAGCAGAAGGUAUUUUGUUUGACCCGAAGAGGACAGCAGUGCUGCCCUUCUCUUGUGUAUCGUAUACUGCCAGCAACCAUGACUUGGUUUCUCGUUUAUCUGAAAAGCUUGACCAGGCUUACCAUGUUGUACAUGACCCCUCACUCAAGGAGAAACAAAGCGAGAAGCCUGUGAGCGACUCCAGUGUAGAGGAGAAGUAUAACGAGAAGCCUGUCAGCGACUCCAGCGUACAGGAGAAAUAUAAUGAGAAGCCUGUUGGCGACUCCAGCGUACAAGAGAAGUAUAAAGAGAAGCCUGUCAGUGACUCCAGCGUACAGGAGAAAUAUAAUGAGAAGCCUGUUGGCGACUCCAGUGUACAGGAGAAAUAUAAAGAGAAGCCUGUUGGCGACUCCAGCGCACCUCCUGAAGAAGAUGACUAUUUUGAAAUGGGUCUUUGUGAAGGAGGGCAUAUUUUAGACUGUACUGGCUCUUUAGAAACUUCAGAUUCUGAAAAUGUUGGACUUGAGUGCAGCCAGGAGGCUCAAGUACUGUGGGGAUUCAUCAUACAGACCAGUCAUGAGUUGCGAACAUUUGCAUCUUGUGUCAUGCUUACCAGUAAAGUACUGGCAGUGUUUCAGAUUCUGCACCAUGACCUUGAUGGAACCACACAAAGCAUUCUCAGAAACCUACAUUUAACAAUUUCUUUCCCAUACAAGGACCUCGUGGAAGUUGGAUUUCAAAUUCCAGAAGUUUGUUUACUGCUCAGAACAAAAGACAGCAAUGCCACCUUCCACAUCCUUUCUGACUCUCAGAAUUUAAAAGAUUUUUACUCUUCUUUGUGCAAAUUUUGCAGUCUGAACUCUGUGAGCUGGAACUCAAGACUGUAUUUACUGAAUAAUACCUUACAGGAGUUUUUUGACCAGCUGAUAGCACUUCAUCCAUUUUCUUCUUGCCGUACAGAACUGAAGGGAUGUUUUCCAGUCUAUCUUUUGCAAAGUAAGGGAACUGUGACCCAAGGCAAGCUCCAGCAGGCAAGGUCUCCAAAUAUUGGGCUGCAGACUAAAAAUACUUCAUUUUCUGAUAUUUGUUCAACUCUGUAUGAACAAGCUGAUCACAAUGGAUCAGUUUAUGAACCUUGUCUUAUUUUACUGACAGCCCAGCAUGUGUUUGUAAUAAAGGUGGACUUUUGCAAACUAUCUGGAGUUAUGGAUUCUGAAAGGAUGAACAAUGCUUUCAAACUGCAUAGGUUUCCACUGGCUUCUCUGCUUCUGCAUCCAAAGUACAGUUCCACGAGUCUACAGGAAGGCACGUUUUCAGACAUCCAUGUGAUCGAACUGCUAAUUGGACAUUCCCCUGCCAUGGCAGUGUUUGUCUUACCUCAUGAGAAGUUCCAUUUUUUGAGAGUGUACAGUCUCUUGAGAACAUGUCUGCAGGAUGUGAAGACAAUUGUCGUGUUCGAGACCCCUGAAAAAUUAGUAUCCCCAAAAACGUAUCCCUUGGAGAACACCCACUCUGGGAGUGGGUCAGGCAGUUCUCCCGAUCUGUAUCCCACAUGUCUCUCUCUGCCAUGUAUUUAUCCCUCUGAGGUGCUACUCCAGAAACUGACUGAAGAAAACCACUGCCCCUCUUAUUUGUCUCGCUGCCCUUCUCUUCAGUACGCAGCUGAAUGCAAAGGGAAAGCCAUAGUGGAUUUUUUCCAUUGCAGUGUUGCUGAGGUGGAGAAUGAAGAGCUGAGGCAUCUCAUGUGGUCUUCUGUCCUCUUUUAUAAAAUGCCAAAUUUGGAAGUGUCAUCCUGCGUCUUGCUUUCCACUAAGGCAAUAUAUUUCAUACUGGAGGAUUCUGCUGCUGAAUUCAUUGAACAAACUGACUUCUGGAAUGAAAGGUCCUCCAUUUGUGAUGACAGUGGCUACCAUCUAUCUCACUGCUUCGUACUGAAACUGAAUGACGUGGUGUCUGUGAACGUGGGACUCUUUGAUCAGUAUUUUCGUAUUGCUGGUCCCUCUGCAGACCACAUUGUCACCUGCCUAACCAGGGACAGCUACAGCACCCAUGCCUUCAUACAGCAGCUGAUGGCUGUACUGUCAUUGUUAGCAAGAACACCUUCACCAGAGCCAGUGGAAAAAGACUUUUAUUCUGAAUUUGGGGACAGAACUGCAGGAAAAAUGGAGAAUUAUGAGUUUGUCCAUUCUAGCAGAGUCAAGUUCAUAUACCCAAGUGAGGAGGAAAUUGGAGACUUGGCUUUUUUAGCUGCUGAAAAAAUGAACAUUACAAACAGUACUCCAUCUCUGAAUAUUUUGUUAUAUGUGCUAGUGUUUCAGGUGAGCAUUUUAGAAGGAAAUGCUCAGUCGAAUAAUGCUGUCCUCCAUCCUAAAACAUUGAUUCUGACUAGUACAGACAUGUUCCUUUUUAAUGAGGAUUACAUCUGCUAUCCCGUGCCUGAAUUUGCUAAGGAGCCACCUCAGAGAGAAAAGUACCAGCUAACUGAUGCACGGCGAAUCCGUGAUUUAGACCGUGUUCUACUGGGAUAUCAGACUUAUCCUCAAGCUCUGACUCUUGCGUUUGAUGAUGUCCAGAACCAGGAUCUGAUGUGUAGCUUAACUGUUGAUCACUUUGGUGAACCAUUGACCACUUCCACCAGACCCUGUAAAAAUGAAUCUAGGGGUGACCAUGAAGUACAGUGGUGCAUCUUUGUUCCUAGUGCAGAAAGUCGUGAGAAGAUGAUAUCGCUGUUGGCUAGACAGUGGGAGAUUUUAUGCAGUAGAGAGCUACCACUAGAGCUCACGGGGUGAGAAAUAAAUAAGUAAACGGUCUUGCUUCCCAGAAAGCGAAAAGCCUGCUGAUAGAGCUGACACUGCAGUCAACAUUUCAGCUUGUAUAACUACUAAAUAAAGACAGUUGUGUAAACGUUUACCGCAAAGGAGCAAUGAAAUGGCAAAAAAGAUGAAAAAUCAAAGGACAUUAAAAAUUAAAAUAAUGCAUCUAUGUUUAUAUUUCAGAAAAUUUUCUUUGCAAAUAGAAUUGGGAAACAAAACUUACAGAUACUGAAAUUGAGGGUGGAAGAUUGCUGUACUUCACCUCUACCUUGACCUGACUUUGUACAUAGUGUGUGCAAAGCAUUCUGGGAAUCUUUAUGGAACAAAAGGAGUCAACCCUAAAUAUUGAAUGUUGUCUAGGGCUUAUGAAGUUAUAUUCUGUGAAUUUAUUUUGUAUAUAAUUUGUGAAGGUCUUUUGUAUAAAUAAUAUGGUUUAUUGCAUGUUACAGGACGUUUAAGUGCAAUUGUUUGUACCUAGCUAAUAUAUUUUAUUCAUUAUGCUGCUAGUGUUUGUUUUAAAAAAAACAAUGGGCUUUUACACUCACUUUUUCACACCUUUAAAAAAACAUAAAAUUGCACAGCAUUUCGGAAGUUUAAAAAGGUAAAAUUGUAAAUGCCAUAUUUGAAUAAAACAUUUUCUGCAGAAAUGUA